GAAGCGGGCCAGAGGCGGCGGCAGGCGGGAGAUGCUGCGGCCGCCAAACUGAGGGGAUCCCUGCGUCGCCUCAGGUUCCUGAAACAGUCUGUGUCUGUGAAGUUGGACAAUGGUGAAUUUUUCUGAACUCUUUAAAGCCUCCAACCACUUGUGCAAAUUUUCCCCGGAUGGGAAAUAUGUGGCUUCUGGGGUUCAGUACCGUUUGGUGAUACGAGAUGUCAACAGUCUUCAAAUUCUGCAACUGUUUACCUGCCUGGAUCAAAUCCAGCACAUCGAAUGGGCUUCCGAUUCCCUAUUUAUCUUUUGCGCCAUGUAUAAACGUGGGAUUGUGCAGGUCUGGUCCUUGGAACAGCCCGACUGGCACUGUAAAAUCGACGAAGGCUCGGCCGGCUUGGUGGCCUCGUCCUGGAGUCCCGACGGCCGUCACAUCCUGAACACCACCGAGUUCCACCUGCGUAUCACCGUCUGGUCGCUGUGUACAAAAUCGGUCUCCUACAUCAAAUACCCCAAAGCUUGCCAGCAGGGCCUGGCUUUCACGAAGGACGGGCGCUACCUGGCCCUGGUCGAACGAAGGGACUGCAAAGAUUACGUCAGCCUCUUCGUCUGCAGCGACUGGCAGCUUUUAAGGCAUUUUGAAAUCGACACCCAGGAUGCUGCGGGAAUCGACUGGGCCCCAAACGGCUGCGUCUUGGCCGUGUGGGAUAGCUGCCUCGAGUACAAAGUGCUGCUUUUCUCUCUGGACGGGCGUCUCCUCUCGACCUACAGCGCUUACGAGUGGUCGUUGGGCGUGAAAUCUCUCGCUUGGAGCCCCAGCAGUCAGUUCUUGGCGAUCGGCAGCUACGACGGAAAGGUACGGAUCUUAAAUCACGUGACCUGGGCGAAGAUCGCAGAAUUCGACCACCCGGUCAGCGUCACUAAUCCCAAAACGGUGGUCUACAAGGAAGUCGAGAAAACGCCAGCGGUGGACUUGGAGAAGUUGACCUUCCCACCCAGCAAGAGGAUGGCGAGCGCCCUCUUCAGCCGAAAGACAAAAUACGAAGUUUUCCAAGCUCCCGUUUCUUUGCACCACGUCAAACCUCCGACGGACCGAGCCAAUCCUAGGAUUGGCGUCGCAACGUUAGCCUUCAGUUCGGAUAAUAGUUUCCUGGCAACGAAAAACGACAGCCUCCCGAACACCGUCUGGAUCUGGGAUGUUCAGAAGAUGAAACUAUGUGGGGUCCUGGAACAUUUGGGUCCCGUUCAGCAUUUCCAGUGGGACCCCAAACAAUCUCGACUUGCGCUGUGUACCGGCAACAUGAAAAUGUAUCUCUGGUCUUCAGCAGGAUGUACCUGCGUGCAGAUACCGAUGGAAGGUGACUUGAAGGUGACUUCGUUUUGCUGGCACCCGAAUGGGGACUCCCUGAUUCUUUCAAGCAAGGACAAUUUCUGCCUGUCUUACUUAGAAAGAGAAGCUGCAAAGCAGCAGGACCAAAAAUGAAGCUAAGUGAAAAAACAUUGUUUUUUUAAAACUUCCACUUCUUCCGAAAUCAGGAGAAAAACGUAAGUCGAGUGAUUUGUUCACGCGUCUGAUUUUCUAGGGACACACACACGUAAUUUAAAUCUGUACAUAAAACUCAAAAUAGGCCAGAGAUCCGGUUUUGAGUUUGCUUUCCAGGAAAGGUUAAACUUAAAAAAGGAUGUAGAUUUUAAUCGUGUGCGACUUGCAUUGUUGUUUUUCUCCAAUUUUCAAUAAACGUCUUUGUUAUGAAAA